AAGCACAGUGUUAGGCACACACACAUCAUCUCCGCCCUCCAUUUUGUUGACCUUUGCCCCCCUCUCAAAGUCAAACCACCGGACCUUCCAUGCCGCCGAACCACAGGAUCCGCGCUUUCCUUCCUGCUUGAUCCGGUAGCCAUUGAGGACCUCUCCGGAAGAAAGCAGCAGAGGAAAAUACCAGAGACUGUGUUAAUAAAAUCUGGAAUAAGGGAAAAAGAAAAAAGAAGAAGAAGAAGAAGAAGAAGAAGAAGAAUCCCUAGUGUCAUGAUCAUAUGCUCUCGAGAUUACAAUAAGCGCCGCCAUGAUCAACACUACCAACGGUAUGAUUUCGACAUCGUCGUCUUCCACGGCGAACCCGCAAUCGCCGGGUCUCAAGACCUAUUUCAAAACUCCCGAGGGUCGAUACAAGCUUCACUACGAGAAGACGCAUCUUUCUGGUCUCCUUCACUCUGCCCAUGGCAAAACUGUUACUCAGGUUACCCUAGCACAUCUCAAGGACAAACCAGCCCCAUCAACACCAACAGCACCAACUUCCAGCUUCAGUGCUAGCAGUGGAGUAAGAUCAGCAGCAGCAAGGUUGCUUGGUGCUGGGAAUGGAAGCCGAGCUUUGAGUUUUGUUGGAGGAAAUGGUGGGAGUAAAAGUCUUAGUGGGAGUAGUCGCAUUGGGUCACUCGGUGCUUCAAGUUCAAGUAAUUCAAUUACUAACACAAAUUUUGAUGGGAAAGGGACAUACUUAAUCUUCAAUGCUGGUGAUGCUAUUUUUAUAAGUGAUCUUAACUCUCAAGAUAAGGAUCCCAUCAAGUCAAUCCAUUUCAGUAAUUCAAAUCCUAUUUGCCAUGCAUUUGAUCAGGAUGCUAAGGAUGGACAUGAUUUGCUUAUUGGGUUGAUUUCUGGUGAUGUCUACUCAGUGUCACUAAGGCAGCAAUUACAGGAUGUGGGAAAGAAGCUUGUUGGUGCCCAACAUUACAACAAAGACAGUUCUGUUAAUAGCAGUCGUUGUACUAGUAUUGCAUGGGUGCCUGGAGGUGAAGGUGCUUUUGUUGUUGCUCAUGCUGAUGGGAAUUUGUAUGUCUAUGAAAAGAACAAGGAUGGUGCUGCUGAGUCUUCGUUCCCUGUUAUCAAAGAUCAAACUCAAUUUUCUGUUGCACAUGCACGCUACAGUAAGAGUAACCCAAUAGCGAGAUGGCAUAUCUGUCAAGGCUCAAUUAAUAGCAUUGCUUUCUCCAUUGACGGGACCUAUUUAGCUACUGUUGGAAGGGACGGUUUUUUACGGGUUUUUGACUAUUCAAAGGAACAACUCGUAUGUGGUGGCAAAAGUUAUUAUGGUGCUCUGCUAUGUUGUGCUUGGAGGUGCUCUACUUUUUUUUAUACGGUCGCUUGCUGUUUGUUAAGACUUAAGAGUAUUCUCUUUCCUCAAAUCCCUAGUCUUUUGUUUGAUAUUGAAUACAGCAAAUUCCUACUUAACAGUAUAGAUGCAAAAUAUAUUUUGACUGGUGGUGAAGAUGACUUGGUUCAAGUUUGGAGCAUGGAAGAUCGGAAGGUUGUUGCUUGGGGGGAGGGGCACAAUUCAUGGGUUAGUGGAGUGGCCUUUGAUUCAUAUUGGUCAUCACCUAAUUCAGAUGGCACUGGGGAGACUGUUAUGUAUCGAUUUGGCUCUGUUGGUCAGGACACGCAGUUGCUACUAUGGGACCUGCAAAAGGAUGAAAUUGUGGUGCCAUUGCGUCGAUGCCCUCCUGGUGGCUCUCCCACUUACAGUGCUGGGAGCCAAUCUUCCCAUUGGGAUAAUGUGUCCCCAUUGGGUACUCUACAACCUGCUCCAAGUAUGCGAGAUGUUCCAAAAAUCUCACCACUAGUCGCCCACCGUGUUCACACUGAACCACUCUCAGGCUUGAUUUUUACGGAGGAAUCUGUUCUUACCGUUUGUCGAGAGGGACACAUAAAAAUAUGGAUCAGACCUGGAGUAGUAGAAAGCCAAUCAAGCAAUAGUGAAAGCAUGUUAAGUACCAGUUCAAAGGAUAAACCAUUGCUUUCUAGCAAGGUUGGCAGUUCUAGUUAUAAGCAAUGACCAGACAUCAGAUGCAAGGCAAAAUGAAGCCCUCUUUGCUGGAGUUGCAUUUCUAUUUGCAAGCAUGACAGUUCAUCUCAUAUUUAUCAAGUUGGUUUUCUCAAUGCACAACUGUUUUAAACAAAAUCGGAUCGCAAUGAGAUUAACCAACUGAAUUCAUUGUAUAUUCAAGGUCAAGACUGCCAUGGAAGAUGGCACUAAGAGGUUUGGAGAGAGAACCUCUAACUUUGUAAGUACAAAACCGGCUAUUGCUAGAAAAUAUGAAAAUAACACUGACAGGAAUAGCAUGAAAUGGCUCCUUUACGUUUUGUAUUUCUUGGGAGGUUCAUUUGAGUGAUUAUUUGUCUUUGGUAGUGCAUUUUUUGCCGUUACCAUAUGAUUUUUGUUAGGAAACCCAAAAACUACUACGAUGGCUUGCUGAUAGGCAUCAUAGCCUUAGUUUGAUAAUGUGACCAUCGGCUAUGGACAAAUUUUGUCAUAAUAUUUGCUUGCAUUUGAUGAUUUUGUUGUAAGUUAAGAAUUGGCUGUUUAUAUUUUGAGGAUGCCAUUCCACAAUAUAUAUGGGAAAAAUAACAUGCAAAACUUAAU